AUGUCUGACGCUAUUGACCGUCGAGGUCGAAGAGAUGAAUAUGACUUUGACUCUUCAGAUGAAGAGGAUAUCCGUAAUACUGUGGGAAACGUGCCAAUGCAUUGGUACGAUUCUUUUCCCCAUGUCGGAUAUGAUUCGUCUGGUCGGCCAAUCAUGAAGCCAGGCUCUAAAACGGGAGAACAGGACGCAAUUUCAAGUUUUCUGCAAGGAACGAGUACCGAGAAUGGUGAAGAAGGUUCUGAAUGGCGCACCGUCAUAGAUCCACGAACCGGUCAGGCUGUUGUCCUUAGUGAUCGUGAUUUGGAGAUUGUUACGCGCAUGAGCUCCGGGAAGGGCGUACUUGGGGAUAAAGAAGACGACCUUUAUCAGGUUUUCUGCUCUUUACUUGUGUUUAUCGUUGUACAGCCAUGGGAUGAUUUCUUUUCAGGUGACGUUCUCCAGAUGCCUGUUACCGCCCAUCCACCACAGAAACGCUCAUUUAUACCUUCACUUUUGGACCGACGGCGGGUAGGCCGCAUCACUCACGCCAUUAAAAUGGGCUGGAUUAGGCCGCGUCUGCCACCUUGGGCCUUAGAGGACAGCAAUGAUAUGGAACAGUUGCGACGCUACAGUAUGUACCUUACCACAGGCAAACCUAAUGUCCUGGAGGACGAAGUGGAGGAAGACAUUCUGGGCUUCUCUUCGUCCGUCCUGCCCAUAUGCACCUUCCCUGAU